AUGGUGACGACGGCGGACGAGGCGUUGCUGAUGAAAGUGGUGGCAUUCCGGUCUGUGGGGUGGCCACGGCUGGUGGCAGCGUCCGAGCGAGCUUUCGCGUCGUCGGAUGCGUCUCUGGAGAGUGUGAUGCAGCGCUGCUCUUCACUGUGCGCAUUGGCGGAAACGGUCUCGACCAACCUCCUCGAUGGCCAAGAGCUGCUCCAGCAGGACGACAUCCUUGACGAGCUGGCCACGAUUCAACAGAAGAAGGCUAGCGUUGUGCAGACGAUUGAGAAGGUGCAAAGGGUGCUACGAGACCUGGAUGCACUGGAGAGUCUCGGUGGAAUGGUGCAAAACAUGAAUAUCCAGCGCGUUCUGACUGGGGCUGCGAACACAACUACUACGAGAAUGGAAUCCAAGGCUCAGCAGGAUAAAGCGGCACUCAAGACGGCAGAGGGAGAGAUGCAAACGGCGGUGCAGCGCGCGAUCGAGGCGUUCAACGGUGGAGCGGAACCGGCGCAACGCGGACUGGAGGUCAUUGAGAAAGUGAUGGCUUGGCAGGCGAGGGUGCAGGUGAUGACGGCUCAGAUGGACCCUUCACUGCAGCCCAAGUAUGCGAUGGACAUGUCCGUCUACAGCCAGCUGACCACUGCGGCGACAGACAUGCAAGCAGCCUUCGUCAAGGCGGAUGCGGCGCGUCUGGAGGGGGAACAAUGCGUCCAGCGCCUCACCGCUAUGAUGCAGCCCGAACUCUCGCAACAAGAGCGCGACCGACAGGACGAGAGUAUCACGGCUGCAAUGGAUACCCUGGAAGAGCUCAAGCGUCUGACCAGUGAGCGACAGAAGGCCGUCGACAUCGUGCAGGCGACCCUGGGGAGCUUCGAAAGGCAGAAGUACAUAUCUGUGGCGUGA